AUGGCUCUCGUUUUGCUUCCUGUCUCAAUAAUUUUCAUCUUCCUAGCUUACAAACUCUACAACCAGCAAAGAUUUAUGCUGCCUCCGGGACCAUAUCCAUGGCCGAUCAUCGGAAACCUUCACAACGUGGGGGCGGUUCCAUGUCGGUGUUUCUUUGAUCUGUCACGAGUUUUCGGUCCGAUCAUGUCGGUCUGGUUUGGUCCGAAUAUCCACAUUGUGGUCUCGAACCAUGAAUUGGCAAAGCAAGUGCUCAAAGAACAUGAUGAGAAACUAGCACAUAGGCACAGGGACUCGUACAUGGCUAGGAUCACAAAAAAUGGUGAGGACCUUGUGUGGGCAGAUUAUGGUCCUCACUACAUAAAGCUCAGAAAAAUUUGUAUGCUUGAGAUUUUUUCUCCUAAUAGUCUUGAAAUUUUCAGACACAUUAGAGAAGGUGAAGUUAGAGAAAUGGUGCGGUCCAUUUUCGCAGAUCGAAACAAUUCCGAUGGUAAAUGUUUGGAGGUCAGAAAAUACUUGAGAUCUGUAGCUUUCAACCAUGUUACAAGGAUGGUGUUUGGGAAGCGGUUUGAGAACGAAGAGGGGUUGCUUGACCAGCAAGGUUUGGAGAUUGCGGAGAUUUUGGAUAGUGAAAAGAAGCUUGGUGCAUACCUUCCAAUUUUGGUAGAUAUUUUGUGGCUUAACUGGGUUUUUUGGUUUCGGAACACGGAGAUUUCGAGACACGUGGCGCGCAAAGACAAAUUCAUACAAGCGAUUAAGGAGGAGCAUGUGGUUAAGGGUGAGAUUAGCAGUGUUGCCGGUGCCAAGGAACAUUUCAUGGGAGCAUUGCUUGGUCUUCAAGAAAAGUAUGAACUUAGUAAGGAUAAUGUUGGAGGAUUAGUUUGGGAUAUGGUCAUUGCAGGAGUGGACACAGUUGCUGUCUCAGUUGAAUGGGCCAUGGCCGAGUUGAUCAAGAACCCGAGGGUGCAGCACAAGGCCCAAGAGGAGCUCGACCGCGUUAUCGGGCUCGAUCGGGUAAUGACCGAAUCUGAUAUCUCAAGCCUUCCUUACCUAAAAUGCGUUGUCAAGGAGGCACUGAGGCUGCACCCUCCAACCCCACUGAUGCUACCUCACAAGGCAAAUGCCAAUGUCAAGAUUGGUGGCUAUGAUGUUCCUAAGGGAACCAUUGUUCAUGUAAAUGUUUGGGCAAUAGGGCGCGAUCCGACACAGUGGUCCGACCCAUUCAAUUUCCGACCUGAAAGGUUCAUCGAACAAGACAUUGAGGCAAAGGGUCACGAUUUUCAGCUUCUUCCGUUUGGUGCAGGAAGACGCGCAUGCCCGGCAGCACAGGUAGGCACUACCCUUGUUACAUCAAUGCUGGGUCACCUUUUGCAUGGCUUUUGUUGGACAUUGCCCGGAGGGGUCCAGCCCAAGGAGAUCGACAUGUCCGAGGGCACAGGUUUGGUGAGCUACAUGCUGAUCCCCUUACAGGCGGUCCCUAAAGAGAGAUUGCCAGCACACUUGUACAUGAAUUAGGAAGUGAUUUCUGUACACCCGCCCCCGAGUGUACAGAAAGGGUAUGCGGAAAUUAUUUCUCGAUGACUUAAUACUACUAGAAUUAAAUAAUAAAAUGAUGCCAAAGAACUUCCAACUCCAUAAUAUAUCCUCACUGAGGUAUUCAAAAACAAAAGGAAAAGACCAUUCUAAUAUUGUCAUCUAGAGACCUGCAUAUCAGGGAGAAGCCACAA